AUGGGACUCGAGAAAGCGGGGGCUGAGAGGAAGCUGCAACUACAAGAACUGGAGUGCCUUCGCCUAGAAGCAUAUGAGAACUCCAAGCUUUACAAAGAGAAGGUGAGGGCUGUGCAUGACAAGAAUAUCAAGCGAAGGGAGUUCAGACCUGGGGAGUUGGUUCUCCUUUACAACUCCAGGUUGAGACUCAUGCCUCAAAAACUGAGAUCUAGAUGGGAAGGUCCCUACAGAGUGGAAAAGGCUGAACCAUACGGCGUCUUCCAUUUGAGGCACCCUUCAAGCCCCAAUAUCCUCAAGGUCAAUGGGCACCACUUGAAGCUCUACCAUAGUAAGAAGAUGAAAGACAACAAGGAGCUAGAGAUCCUCCUCUUGGAGGAUCUACCAACAGAAGUCGAUUGA